UCCGUUCCAUUCGCCAAUAAAGCGCUUUUGUCUUGGGGUCGGGAAGCUUAUGGGCUCUCGCCGGACACUUGAAGCGCAUUCCUCGACGUGGAGCUUUCAACCACUCGCUAGACACCGGUGGCUGAAGAGUUUUAAUGUAUCUGAAUAACUUUAUGCUGCUGCACAGUUUCGGGGACUUUUGACAGAGUGCACCACGGACGACGAAAGGAUUUCCAACUGUUUACUUGCUCUACGUGGGUCCUCUUGGAUAAAAAUAUUAUGUAGCACACAUUUCUGAGUGCGCCGCAACUCAAACUUCACGCAGGGAACAGAACCGAUAGAGGGGACACCACCACCGCCCCAGUCAAAGUGAAUUGAAACAGGAGGCGAAAUCUUGUUGAGUGGGCCCACCACAAGAAAAGGCCCUGCUCAGGCCACAUCCCAACAUGCUAUCCCAGCUCUCACUACCAGCCUGAUGGAUGUCAGGAGUUCUUAUUCCUUAAAACGGGAGCUUAAAUGAAUAUCAGGCUGAGAGAGGAGACAGAGUGACUGCAGUGGCACCAUGAAGGCCUUCCUCCUCCCUCCGCUGACGCCCUUCCUCCUUCUCCUCUUGCUCUGGCUCCCUGGCAGGACUCUGGCCAGCGACUGUCCCCAGGACUGCACCUGCUCCACCCCAGAAUCCAUCUUCUGUUUCCAGCGCCGCUCUGCCACCAUGCCCCAAGGCGUCCCGGAACCCACCAAGAACCUCUACCUCUUCGCCAACGGCAUCGAGACCCUGGCGGAGGAAGACUUUGUGGGCAUGGAGAGCCUGGAGAUGCUGGAUCUGAGUCAGAACAAAGUCACGGUACUGCCUGACCGGGUGUUUGAGCCUCUGACUUCCCUGAGGAACUUGGACCUCUCAGCCAACCAGAUCACCCAUCUGUCAGAGGAGAGCUUUGCGGGCAUGGCCCUACUGGAGAGGCUGUACCUCUACAGCAACCACAUCCGGACUAUACACCCUGCCGCCUUCCACGGCCUGGAGCAGCUGCUGGAGCUCAAGCUGCAGGGAAACCAGCUCACCUCGCUCCCCGCCCUAGCCAUGCCCAGACUGCUGCUGCUGGACCUCCGCUUCAACACCCUCCCAUCCCUGGGGUCAGCCGACCUCCAGAUGCCCAACCUGGAGUCUCUGAAGCUGGCCGGCCUGGGCCUCGAAAGCCUGAACGAGGAUCUGAUGGCCAGCCUGGGGAACCUCCACGAACUGGACAUCUCUGGCAACGAGCUGGGCUCCUUCCCACCGGCGCUGAGGGAGGUCCAGGGCCUGAUCUACCUGAGCCUGGCCGGGAACCCCAUGGGCCCACUGAAGCUGGGGGACCUGAAGAACCUGAGCGAGCUCCAGGAGUUGGACAUCAGCAACCUGAGUCUGCAGGGCUUGCCUGACGGGUUCGCACAGCUUUUCCCUCACCUGACUAAGCUGACGGUGGCCGAGAACCCUUUCAACUGCCUGUGCACCCUGGCCUGGUUUCCCGGGUGGCUCAGGAACCAGGGGGUGACUCUGGGCAGGACGGAGGAGACCCGCUGCCACUUCCCUCCCCUCAACGCUGGGAAGGUGCUGGAGAGGCUGGAGCACAGGGAGUUUGGCUGCCCCACCACCACUACUGUCACCGCUAGCACAGUCAGAACCAGCACCACCAUGCCCCCUCCAGUCACCACCCUGCCUAGCACCUCCCCAGCCAUCCCUGCACCAGGGCCCAGUGAGGAGGACAACUCAACUGGGACAGACAGCCAGCCCCCGCUCCCCGACCCUGCCUCUCCCAGCAGCAGCAGCAGCCAAGACCCAGAGGUGGACUUCUUCUGCCCCUCCCAGACCUGCUUGAAUGGGGGCACCUGUCGGCUGGACGGGCAAGGCCAUCUGGAGUGCACCUGCCCUCGUGGCUUCUAUGGCACCUAUUGCGAGAACCGCCACCACUCCCACCCCCCUCCCGAUCAGGACCACAAUGACAACAACAAUUACAUUUCCGCGGCAACUGUCACCGCCGAUGCCCCCGACAUCAGCUCGCGCCUGGUGACCAGCUCCUCCAUCCUGCUGGACCUGCACCGCUACAUCAAGGUCCGGCCCUACAUCCGCGGCAUCCGUCUGACAUACCGCAACCUGUCGGGGCCCGACCGGCGUCCCAUGCAGCUCAGCGUGCCCGCUUCCUACCCGGAGUACACCCUGAGGGGGCUGCGGCCCAACUCCACCUACACAGUGUGCGCAAGCCCGCUGGGCGACCUCAGCGGUGGGGACAGCGUCUGCACGGUGGCCCACACAGCGGCCCAGCAGCACACUGCCACAGGGAGGCAGGUGGAGGAUAAGAGGCUGACCACCAUGCUGGUGCCGGCUCUGGCCAUCCUGCUGCUCCUAGUCCUGAUUGCAGCCACCGUGGGGAUGGUGUGCUACAUGAGGAGGAAACGGGCCAAGGGCCACCUGGAUCUGGAGUGUGAGCCAGCCCAGCUGGAGCUGGAGGGAGUCAAGGCUGGUUCCAACAUUGGAGGGGCGAUGCCCCAAAAGCAGCCGGAGCCGGCUGUGGUUCAAAAUGGUGGCCUGGAGUACGAGGUGCUGCUAAUACAGGAUCAUUGCUCGCCGAACAACAACAUGGCUCUCUCUCACAAGCCCUCUUAUUUCUGACGCCCAUCUCUGUUGCUACUCAGACCCAGAGGGUCAGACUAAAUACCUCUAGCUACUCAUUCCCUCAUGGACUAGACACCAGCUAGAGUUGUUGGUGACAGUGGAGGAGAAAGAGAAGACCGGCCAGCCAUGUGUCAGCAAUUGAGAAAACUGUGCAUAUAUUAAAAUAUGUUUGAAAGGAUUAUUUGAAUAAGGGAGCCUUUUAAAGUGCCUUUAUUCUUAUUUCCACACCUCCUGCUUUGUUUCUACAAUCACAUUGCUGGACUGGCGCCCCGCGGCUCGCUACUGAGUGUGCCCACUCUCCACAGCAGGUCAAAGGUCAAGCGAGACUGGGCCAGACAGAGAGACAUCAGGGUAGUGACCUAAUCCCUGCUGUGUCUACUCUAAAAUGGGGUCUGCACUGAAAUGGGGGUGUAUUGCUGUGCACCCCUUGUGAUACCUGAACUAUGUAAAAAGAGUAUAAGCAAUUAUUUUUCUCCGUAGCACCUCAGCACUACCCCAGUGGCGCUUGCUGUGAAUGACAUCCGAGUCACCAAAUGAAGAGAACUUUUUCCAGUAAUUGAAAAGCAAGGUGCCUGACAUUUAUCAUGCUUUGUUUCGGCUCUAUUGCUUAGUGAAGUUGUACUUUUUUUGUUGUGUUUGUAAAUGUUUUUAUACUCUUGCUGUUGUUGUUGUUCUGUAAGUAUGUGACUGUUACCACCCUUCAUCCCCCCUUAACUGCUUGUGAUUUAACAGACAGAUUAAAACCCAGAUUCAAAUCUUUGAAGAUUAAAACUCGUUUGUACCAGCGAAGUCAAUCAAAGGCUUUACCCUACGAAUGUCAGACAGUCUAAGCAGCUGUAAGUCUCGUACUAAAUCCCCUCCCCAUUCUCUGGCCCUCAACCCCGCCCCGCCCCCCACACAAAAAGCACCGAUAAACAGUUUCAGUUGGCUGAAACCUUAACAUUUGUUUCUGUGCUGCAGCGAACUUCAAGCAUCCCCUGAGCCUGCCUCAGAUCAACCACACACACACAUGAUUACCACAGAGAGGAGGGGAAAAAUAAACAGUUAAUUUAUAAAGGCUUUAUUCAUUGUUUAUGUCCCCAAGAGGGAACACAGUUACUUCAGUAAACCGCAAUUCACAAGAACGCACUUGUUAGCCUAGCUUAGCCUAGCCUCUCAGAGAGAGAUGCUUGUGGAUUUCCCUCAGGCAGAAUUAGCCUCUAUGGUGCUUUGUUGUGCACCAUUAACUGGUCUUUGGAAAAAGAGGGUCCCACGUCUUGCUCACUUGCAGCCAAGCAGACUAUGAAAAGUCCAAGCGUAGCAUAUAGUUGAAGGUUUUAUAUGGGCUCUGUCUGGGACGAGGGACAUGGAGGAAAAAAUGUGUACACCAAACUAGAAUAUGCUGAAACACCAGUGUUGAGAUUCAAAUCUCAGAAUGUGAAAACAGUCUAAGUAACUUUUAUGUGUCUGGCGCUAACCUGCCUGCCCCCGAUGAGGAUCUCAGUGCCGACUACAGUAUGAAGAUCUCUGUCGGUAAACAGAUCAGUGAUAAUGUGGAAGCAUGUCCCGUCUUGUGCACAGAGAGGCAGACAUCAAGUCACUGUCAUGCUUCAGUAGUACUGUAUCCCCCACUAAACACACACACUCACACCACACACACAUGCCCACCUACUCCAUCCACUACAUUUAAAGACAUUCUCCAGUACUUUUGUAUCGUUUUUAGCCAGUAGUUCUGAAAGUAGCAUUCAUGAGACAAAAGUGGUCCCUGUGUACUACGUGCAGAUAUGUGCCCCACAUAAUUUCUCUUUCUCAUUCUGCAUCUAGCUAGCUGACGCUCAAAUGGAAAGGGGCUAAAGCUCAUUGGCUAGAACUUGAAUUGCCAGGGGGAAAAUGGAGAGAAAAUGGCUUUAAAGAACUAGGCAUUAAAUGGCUAAUUGAGGUAAGACAGUAAUUCUGUGAAUAGAAUAUGCAUUUUUAACUACAUAUUGACACAUCCAGCCCAAAGUGGGAGGUUUAACAAAUACUUAGCAGUCGCUAAAGUUCCAGAGCAUGUAUUUAAACCUCCUGAAAUGGGCAUGUCAAGACAAGGGUCCCCUCUUCUAACAUGCCUAGUGACCAGGUACAUUAUGACUAUUAUUUUAGGAAGGAAGGGUUGGUGGAUGCUGUCUACCACUAAAUCUUAUACCAUCUAAACAAAUACUUAGGCCUCAAUAUUUAACACUUAAAAUGACAUCUGUUUAAAGUGUGUAAAACUACCAAACAACUUAACUGGAAUACUUGGUUUUACAAUUCAAAAAACAUUGAAAAUAUCCAGAAAUAUUUUUGAUAUUAUUCCUAUUUUCCCUGUUUAUUUUGGGAAGCUUUUCGUUGUUAUUGUUCAUCUCUUUCCAUGUCCUUUUGAAUUAAGUGAACAUGUUUUUAUGAGCAAAUAAACACAACGUUGACAUUAUUAAAAAAGUUGAAAUAAAAACUGAAAACAAACA